AGACACAAGAGUAUAUGAUGGUUAUGAAUUAUGCUGAAGAUGGUGAUCUUAGACAUUAUAUACGGAAAAAUAUUACCACCCUUCGUUGGAAGGACGCCGUUGAAAUGUUAUGUAGCAUCGCAAUGGGUCUUCUAAAUGUGCAUAAAAAUGGUACAUUCCAUAAAAAUUUGCAUUGUGGCAACAUUUUAAAGUUUUUUAGUUGUAACAUCGCAGAUCUCGGUUUGUGUGGUCCAAGCAAUCCUUCAGAACCACGAGGCGUAUAUGGUUCCUUACCAUUUGUUGCACCAGAAGUUCUAGCUGGUGACUCAUUUUCUGCAAAAGCUGAUAUAUAUAGUUUCGCUUUCAUAAUGUGGGAAUUAUCUUCUGGUCGACCCCCUUUUUCAGAUAGACCUCAUGAUCAUUCAUUAGCAUUAGAAAUUUGUCAUGGUUUCCGAGAGGCCAUAGUGCCCGGUACACCACUAUUCUAUGAAAAAUUAAUGGUAAAAUGCUGGAAUGCAGAUCCAUCAUUGAGACCUGAUGCUGAAGAAAUUGUAGAUAUAUUAUUGAAUCCAUAUGAUUAUCAACGACGUCUUCUUGGUUUAGAUGAAUUUACCAUAAAUAGCGCAAACAUUGACGACGUUGAUCAAAUUCAUUCGUAG